AUGGCAGACGUUGUGACUGAUGACAAAUACGAGCGUGACUUCACAUCUACACUUAUAGAAUUAUACAGAAAACAUCCAGUACUAUGGAAGGUCAAUCACCCUCUUUAUUCUAGCAGGUAUCAAAGAUCCCGCGCGUUCAAAAAAAUCGCGACAGCGCUUCGACCAUACAAACCUAAAAUUACCGAAGAUUAUCUAAAAAAGAAGAUUAACGUAUUGAGGAGUAACUAUAACAACGUGAGACGCAAAAUAGUGAUAGCGGAACGUCAAGGAACCAAUAAAUGUAUUAAACGAGCACCCUGGUAUUACAACGAACUAUUAUUCCUUGCUGAGCGAGGGAAAAAACAAAGAAGUUCCAGAAAACGACGAAUAAUUUUCGCUGUUGAAGAUGAUGGCAGCCAAGAAGUAGAAUAUUAUCCAGACCAACCAGAAAAUGAUAUUUUACCUGAUACUGCACCUGAAGAAUCAUUUGAACCUACGCCAGCUUCGCCUCACAAACUCGACGACCAAAAAACUAUAACAGUAGAAAGAGAAACAAUUGAAAUUCCUGAAAAAGAAGUAGAUUCAGAACCAGAAAAAUACAUGACUAUUACAACUACGUAUUAUAGAAAACCAAAAUCUAAAGAAGAUUAUAUGACAAAAGCAUGGGCGAUGAAAUUAAAUAAAUUGCCAGCAUUACAAAGGCUGCACGCAGAAAGGAUUAUAAACGAGGUGUUUUAUGAAGCAGAGAUGGGAAACUUAUCCAAAGACACCCAAAUUGGUGUCGUGUUGCCAUAGUAUUUGCCAGAAAGAGGAAAUACUACAUAGCGUAGCAAUAUUUACUAUUUUAUACUUUUUUGUACCUACCAGGGUUAAAAUAAAGUCCGUGCCACAAAAGAUAUUCCGCGGCCGCUGAGAUGGUGUCGCAUAGUAUUAUUAUGACUUGUCAAUGAGAGACUUUCGAGGUUACGUUACCCAAAAAAUUUAAUGAUUUUAUUUGGUUCUCCAACAAUGAGUACAAUAAACAUUAUAAAAAGAAUAUACAAAAUAUAUGCUUAAAUACAAUUGCCUCAUUACUUAGAGGAGAACACUGCAUGCACAUAAUGUAACAUUUCAUAUAUAAUUAUAAUUACUUUUAACAAUUGAGUAUAUGACCGGGUCUGAGAUAAAUUAAAUUUAAUACUAAACUUGAAAAAGGAGCCAUUCUAAGAUGAUUUGUAUAAACAAUUGUUUUUAUAUUUCCAAUAAUUUUCUGUGUAAUAUAAAAUAGAUGGCGCUGUGCAGAAUAGCCUUCGUUUAACCUUCUAAUUUCAUGGAUAACAGCCAUGAGCAUCUUAUAUCUUUGUUUUUUUGGUAUAAAUGAUGACGCAUGUUCUACAGGUACAGCACAUCUUCCACCCAUUAUUUUUCUGAUCAAAAUAAAGAGAAGCAAUAUAGGUAGGUAGCAACAUAGGUAAUUCAAUACAUAGAUAUCUGAUCCAAAUAUCAAGAAUGUAUUUAUUGUACACAGAUAACACAGAAACAAUAUGACAACAUGAGGAGAGACAAAAGGCACAACUUAUUUCUAACAGAAAUUAUUAUUAUUAAUUAUAUUUUUUUAUCAAAAAUAAAUAAUAUAAUAAUAAUAUCAAGCAAUAA